CUUGUACUCGGCUCACCGCCACCGGCGUCAAUCUCCGGAAACCAUCGGAAUUCUUCACAAUUUAAUGCAAUACUGUUGGUGGUUUUGCAGACAACAGAUACCUGCUUUUGUUAUAGUGAAUGGCAAACUAGGUUGAGCGAUGGGCUGUGUGCUCGGUACCAGAGCAACUCCAGAUCGCCGGUCCAAGUCAAACGCACGUCUCCGGAGUGUGGCAGAGUCUACUACCACGCAACCUAAACAAAACGUCGAGCAGGUGCCGUUGGAUGAGGUUAGGGAUGAUAAAAAGGAUGGAGUUGUUGGGAGGAUCCGACAAACCGGAAGCGAAGUUCGGCUGUCUGACCGGCGUAGGCCGAGGCCGGAGUAUAGCCUGAAGACCGCUCAAGGAUGGCCGUCCUGGCUCUCCGCCGUCGCCGGUGAUGCCAUCAAAGAUUGGACACCUCGCCGUGCUAAUACUUUUGAGAAGCUUGAUAAGAUUGGGCAAGGGACGUAUAGCAAUGUAUAUAAAGCUAGGGAUUUAAUAACAGGGAAAAUAGUUGCUUUGAAGAAGGUUAGGUUUGAUAAUUUAGAGCCAGAGAGUGUGAAGUUCAUGGCAAGAGAGAUUCUUAUCUUGAAAAAGCUUAAUCAUCCCAAUAUUAUAAAGCUUGAAGGAUUGGUUACAUCAAGAAUGUCUUGCAGUCUUUAUCUCGUAUUCGAAUACAUGGAACAUGAUCUUUCUGGUCUUGCUGCUGUUCAAGGUGUCAAAUUUACAGAGCCUCAGAUCAAGUGCUUCAUCAAACAGUUACUUUCUGGGCUCGAGCAUUGCCAUGAGAAUGGUGUGCUACACCGGGAUAUCAAGGGAUCCAACUUGCUGAUUGACAAUGAUGGGAUUCUUAAGAUAGCUGAUUUUGGAUUGGCUUCUUUGUAUGAUCCACAACAUAAGCAACCGAUGACUAGCCGUGUCGUUACUCUCUGGUAUCGACCUCCAGAACUUCUUCUUGGGGCCACUUAUUAUGGUGUUGGUGUUGACCUGUGGAGUGCUGGCUGCAUUUUGGCAGAGCUUCUUGCUGGGAAACCAAUAAUGCCAGGACGGACAGAGGUCGAACAACUACACAAGAUAUUCAAGUUGUGCGGUUCCCCAUCAGAAGAAUAUUGGAAGAGAUCCCGUUUGCCAAAUGCCACUCUGUUUAAGCCACAACAGCCGUACAAGCGUUGUACAGCAGAAACUUUCAAAGAUUUUCCACCUUCUUCUCUUCCUUUAUUAGAGAGUCUUCUUUCAAUUGAUCCUGAUUUGCGUGGCACUGCUGUUGCAUCCCUGAACAGUGAGUUCUUCACCACUGAACCAUAUGCUUGUGAGCCAUCAGAAUUACCAAAAUAUCCCCCCAGCAAAGAAUUGGAUGUCAAAUUGAGGGAUGAGGAAGCCAGAAGGCAAAGAGGUUUAAAUGGGAAAUCUCAAGCUGUUGAUGGAAACAAAAAAGUAAGAACCCGUGAUCGGGUUGGCCGUGCAGUUCCAGCUCCGGAGGCCAAUGCCGAGAUCCAAUCGAACUUAGAUAGAUGGAGAGUUGUAACCCAAGCAAACGCGAAAAGCAAGAGUGAGAAAUUCCCACCUCCCCAUCGAGAUGCCGCUGUCGGAUACCCUCUUGAUCCGUCACAGAAUAGCGUCCCGGUUUCUUUCAGUGCAGCUGAAGACACUUCAUUUAGCUCUUCAAUUUUCGACUCAAAUUCUUCAAGAUCAGUGAAAGAAGGCGGGCCUUCAAGGAGAAAGAAUAGAAGGGAACGAUCCCGUAAAGUAUCAUCUCGUAAGUUCAUCCGUGCCUUCCUUCCGACCUCUAUCAGUCUAUCGAUGGAUCUUAGAUUCAAAAGUAAAGAAGCAGUUCGUCGCAACCGAAGGUAGAAGUUUUAAGUUGGAUCUUUUUUGGCAUUAGAUAUUUCAACAUUCCUUUUGCUGUCCCAUAGCUUUCUUGAAUGCAAUUCUUCUUUCAAGUGUUAAAUGUAUAAUCAAUCCACCCAAAAGUUGUACAAAGAUCCAUUUGCUUUACC